AUUAUAAUGUAAGGUAGAGGUUUUUACAGCGUGAUUUUUGUCACGUGACCUGUCAAACGCAGUGGCAACUCGGACGCUCGGACAAGUACAUUUUAACUGGAAUUUACGCUAAAUUUUGAUCUGAGCUGUCUACAGUUGUCAUUGGAAGAUGGCAGAAGCCCACUCUGCUGUGGCAUUUUCGUUCCAGGUAACACAUGAAGGUGUUGAUGUUAAUCUCAACCAUGAUGCCCUGAAAGCAGUUUGGAACAGUGGUAUCCAUUCAUGGAAGAAACGGCUUGGGAGAGCUAAGAACAAGAUAAAGACUGGAACAUAUCCUGGUUCACCCACAAGUUGGUUGUUUGUGACUGUACUCAUACUGUCGCUAAGGAUUGCAGAUGUAGACCCUUCUUUUGGUUUGAUAGGCUGGUUUCAAGCUCAUAUACCUGGACUAAUCAUAUGCAGCAGAAACAUAUUUAUCAGGGACAAUGGUUUGGGUUUGAUUCGCUUGUUUGGAGGUAGAAAGCCAAUGUUAAACAGUUACCAAUCUUCACUUCCAAAACUCUGUCUUCCAUCAGUAGACGAUACAAUCAGAAGAUAUCUGUUGAGUAUCAAACCAAUAUUAGAUGAGGAAAAGUAUGACAGAUUAUCUGCCCUUGCUGAGGAGUUCAGGAAAGGACUUGGAAAGAAACUGAAUCGAUAUCUCAUAUUGAAGUCAUGGUGGUCAACUAAUUAUGUGACAGAUUGGUGGGAGGAGUAUGUUUAUUUACGUGGUAGAUCACCUCUAAUGGUCAACAGUAACUAUUAUGGUGUGGAUGCUAUUUUGAUGCACCCUACCAAAGUUCCUGCAGCAAGAGCAGCCAAUGUUACAUAUGUGAUGCUGCAAUACAGGAGAGAGCUGGAUAGAGAGGAACUCAACCCAAUUUUAUUGAAUAAAACAGUGCCAUUAUGUUCAGCUCAGUAUGAGCGACAGUUCAACACAACAAGAGUUCCAGGUGUAGAGUCAGACAAACUUGUCCACUACAAGGACAGUAAACAUGUAGCUGUUUACCAUAAGGGAAGGUUCUACAAGGUCUACGUUCAUUUCAAAGGGAGACAUUUAAGGCCAUGUGAAUUGGAAAGAUCAUUCCAGAAGAUCUUGGAUGAUGAGAGUCCCCCUGUAGGUGGUGAGGAACAUAUCCCUGCUCUCACUGGAGCAGACAGAGUGCCAUGGGCUAAAGCUAGAACAGAAUUCUUCUCCAAAGGCAAAAACAAGGCAUCUCUUGAUGCUAUUGAGAAGGCUGCUUUCUUUAUCACCUUUGAUGAUGAACCUCAAGAUUUUGUUAUUGGUGACCAGAAGAGUUUUGACAAUUUUGCUGGUGCUAUGUUACAUGGUAAUGGCUCUAACAGAUGGUUUGACAAGUCUUUUAACCUGGUGAUCACUCCUAAUGGAAGGAUUGGCUUCAAUGCUGAACAUUCCUGGGCAGAUGCUCCAAUAAUGGCCCACUUGUGGGAAUACCUCUGUGCAGAAAGCGCACGUAUAGGGGCUGAUGCACCUAUCAUGGCCCAUUUAUGGGAGUAUGGGAUCACAGAUGAUCACAGUAUAUUGGGAUAUGAAGAGGAUGGUCACACUAAAGGAGAACCUGAGAUGACUCCACCUAACCCUAUCAGACUGGAGUGGGACCUCCCAGAACCUUGUCUACAAGUUAUAGAGAACAGCUUACAGGUAACUAGACAGCUUGUGAAUGAUGUAGACAUGCGUCUGUUCAUGCAUGAUGUAUUUGGUAAAGGUCUCGUGAAGAAGUGCAAGACAAGUCCUGAUGCUUUCAUACAGAUGGCCUUACAGCUGGCUUACUACAGGGAUGCUGGUAAAUUCUCUCUAACAUAUGAAUCAAGUAUGACCCGACUGUUUAGAGAAGGUAGAACAGAGACGGUACGUCCAUGUACCAUCGAAUCUUGUAACUUUGUUAGAGCAAUGCUCAACCCAGAUGCCACGAAGGAUGAAAGGAUUUCUCUGUUUAGGAAGGCGACAGAGAGGCAUCAGAUGGGUUAUAGAGAUGCUAUGACUGGAAAGGCAAUAGACAGACAUCUCUUCUGUCUGUAUGUUGUAUCUAAAUAUCUCGAGAUUGAAAGUCCUUUCCUCACUGAGGUCCUUAGUGAACCAUGGAGACUCUCAACCAGUCAGACUCCUCACACACAGACAGACAAACUAGAUCUAGAGAAGUACCCUGACCGUAUAUCUGGUGGUGGUGGGUUUGGCCCAGUAGCGGAUGAUGGAUAUGGGGUGUCAUAUAUCAUAGCAGGAGAGGAUCAUAUAUUUAUACAUGUAUCUAGCAAGAGGUCUUGCCCUACCACUGACUCGGGCAGAUUUGGUAAAGAGAUCUACAAGGCCCUGAAUGAUAUUAAAUGCCUAAUCUUGGACAAUUAAUGAGAGAGACAGAUCUAAAUACAGACCAGAUGGGGAGAGAAUAUACUGGGUGUUUACCUACAUUGAUAUUUUGUAAGAUUGGGACCUGUGUGAAUGAGAAUUUAUGGAUGUGUAUACAUGUGAAAUGUAAAACUAACUGUAUUUUGCUUCCUCUGAAUUUUCUUCCAUUAAUUUGUAAGCAUUAUUUAAAACUAAAAUUUUCCUGCAAAUUUUCUUGUUUUGACAAUAACAUAACACAGAAGGAAUUUGUUUUUUUAGAUUGAUUUUUAUGUACUUGACUGUAACUUCUGAAAUUGAGUGGGAAGCAAAGAGCUAAUGUCAGCUUCCCAGCAAGCAGUGUGUAGGAUGAUAAUAUUGGCUUAUUAGUCUUUAGCUUUUCGGUGAAUUUGAUUUUGAUUUGAAGUUUUGAGACUUUUUAUGAGGGUAGUUUCAUGUUGUAUACACUAUAGGUUAUAAAAGGUGUAUGUUAACUUGAGACGAAACUUUUGGUAGCCAGUAAAGUAUUGGCUGACUGAGUGAUGCAUCAUGUUACACAUCCUAGGCAAGUCUUUAUGUAAGCAGUAAGCUGUCGCUGAGUUAUGUCACACAUCCUAGGCAAGUCCUUAUGUAAGCAGUAAGCUCUCGCUGAGUUAUGUCACACAUCCUAGGCAAGUCAUGUAAGCAGUUAGCUCUUGCUGAGUUAUGUCACACAUCCUAGACAAGUCUUUAUGUAAGCAGUUGGCUCUCACUGAGAGAUGCGUCGUGUCACACAUCGUAGGCAAGUCAUUAUGUUAUCUGUUUUUAGUUUGAAGGGACAUAUAAAAAUACCAUCACCAAAACUGCCAGUUGCAUUUCACUUGAUAGAUAGUAUCAAGAGAAAUGGACAAUUACUUUAGUGAUGGUAAACAGAAACAGAAUGCCUCAAUUAUUUGUCUAUACACAUGCUGUUUUAAUGUAUAAUGUGAUAAAUAUGUAAAUAUGCAACACAUCAAUGCUGUAGGUUUUACAUUUUUGGAGAAUUAUAUUGUUUUAAUAAUCACCAUUGCACUUUAAAAGACAACAGGUAUUUUAGCUUUUUUGAUUUAAGAUAUGUUUUUAGCUCGACUAUUCAAAGAAUAGUCUAGCUAUUCUACUCACCCUGGCGUAGGCGUCACACCUUGGUAAAGUUUUUGCAUGCAAGUACAUACAGCUAUCAUUUAAAGGCAUAUAGCUUUGAAACUUAUUUAUUCUUUUUCUAGGUCAAUUACCAACCUCACUGGGUCAAGUCCCAUAACUCUGACAUGUAUUUUGAGCAAAUUAUGCUCCCUUUUGGACUUAGAAAAUUCUGGUUAAAGUUUUACAUGCAAAUCACUAUCUCCAAAACUAAUGCAGAUACGGAAUUGAAACUUAACAUGUUUCUUAGGGGUUAUAAAACUAGUUGAUAGCACUAAGUCCCAUAACUCUGACCUUCAUUUUGGCCAAAUUAUGCCCCCUUUUGGACUUAGAAAAUUCUGGUUAAAGUUUUGCAUGCAAGUACAUACAGCUAUUACUAAAAGGCAUAUAGCUUUGAAACUUAUAACUCUAACAUGUAUUUUGAGCAAAUUAUGCUCCCUUUUGGACUUAGAAAAUUCUGGUUAAAAUUUUACAUGCAAAUCACUAUCUCCAAAACUAAUGCAGAUAUGGAAUUGAAACUUAACAUGUUUCUUAGGGGUUAUAAAACUAGUUGAUAGCACUAAGUCCCAUAACUCUGACCUUCAUUUUGGCCGAAUUAUGCCCCCUUUUGGACUGAGAAAAUUCUGGUUAAAGUUUUGCGUGUAAGUACAUACAGCUAUUACUAAAAGGCAUAUAGCUUUGAAACAUAACUCUAACAUGUAUUUUGAGCAAAUUAUGCUCCCUUUUGGACUUAGAAAAUUCUGGUUAAAGUUUUACAUGCAAAUCACUGUCUCCAAAACUAAUGCAGAUAUGGAAUUGAAACUUAACAUGUUUCUUAGGGGUUAUAAAACUAGUUGAUAGCAUCAAGUCCCAUAACUCUGAUAUGCAUUUUGGUCAAAUUAUGUCCCCUUUCGAACUUAGAACUCUUUUGAUUUUUAACAUUUUGGGUAAUAAUUUCCUGCUUCUGUGACAAUAUUUCGAAUAGUCGAGGUUGGCUGUCUUAUGGACAGCUCUUGUUAAGAUAUGUUUUUAAGAUAUGUUUUAUGUCAUUUUCACCUCUUAUCAUUUUUUCUCUGAGGACCAGUUAGAUUUUGUUUUGGGCCAAUAAAUGAAGAAAGAAUUAAGGAACAUUUUUAUAUUUUUAUUUCUGUUUUAUCAAAAUGUUUGUUUAUUUCCUAUGCCUUUUUAUUUGCUGAUGUUUUAGGGAGGGACAGUCACCCAUUAUUGGUAAAUUAAGGUGCUUGUUUCUUCUGGACAAAUUGUGUGUCCAUUUUUGCCAUUUGUACUUGCACAGACUCACAAACCCAAGAAGAAAUGAGAACAUACUUUCUAUGUAAACACAUUCAUUCUACCAAUGUAGCCAGCAAACAUUGUUGGAGCAGAAAGAUAUAGGGUAUUUUUUUCUGUGUGAACUAUUGUGAUCGCCCUUUCUUUCUUGUUGCGCGACACUUGUUGUUGGACAUCAACAGUUUUACUGUUAACACUCUAAAGGUCGCAGUUUUUGAUCAAAUCUUGAUGAAACUUGGUCACAAUAUUUGUCUUUAUGAAAACUAUGUCAAGAUCAAAACUAGUUUUUCUGGGUCAAAAUGUGAUCAAUAUUUCAAACCGUAGAAAAACUUAAUGCCCUCGUGAGGUCUCCAUCCAUAUCUGGUCUACAUAAAGCAGAAUCAAAAUUAUGUCUUAAUGAAAUCUAGGUCAUCUGUGGUCAAAAAUGAGAAAUUGGUCAAAUCUUAGAAAAACCUUGCAAACCACAUUUCUACCAGAUCUUUAUAAAACCUGGUCAGAAAUUCUUUCAUAUAAAAUAUAGGUCAUGAUUGAAACUGGGCCAUGUAUGGGUAAAACUUUGGACAAAACUUUAAAUACCUAGUUAACACUUCAGAGGCAAGAUAUUUUACCUGGUCUACAUGAAACCUGGUCAGAAUGUUAGUCUUAAUGAAAUCAGAGGUAAAAAAGAUCAGGUGAUGGUAGGUAAGGGACAUUCCUUUCCCACUUGUUAACCUUGAGCAUUAUCAUGUCUCACACAUGCAGUAGGGGAGACCUAUUGAUUUAGUGCUAUCUGCCAGUUUGUCUCGGGCCAACUCUUCUGACACCACUAGGUGGAUUUACACUUAACUGCACAAAAGUCAUAAUUGCCAAGCCUAGUUCAUAUUGUCGGCUUUUUCCAGUUUGUUGAUUCUCGGCACAGUGAUGGCCCUUUAUUUGUUGUAAAUUACAGUGUUUACACUAAUUUGCGUAUACCAUUGGCCUGAAGUUCAAUAAACCUCAUGGGUGAUCAGUACCAAGCCUAAUUGUGUAUAUAGUUGGAAUACUAUGGUUCAGUGAUUUUGAAUUGAGUUGUGGCCCUUAAUUUGUGGCUUUUUGCAAUGUCUGAAUGUUAAGUGGUUGGAGACAUGUGUUUUUCCUGAUAAACAAGCUCUAGUUUACACCUUGAAAUGAUGAAAAUGUGAUACUGACUUACAAGGUAGAAUGUUAUUGACAGGUUAGCCAUUAUUCACUUACAAAAUGGUGGUAGAUGUUUUCUCAGGUUGAGAAGUAGUAACUACUAUACAUAACAGAUGCCUUUCGUCUGUCUGUUUCCUUCAGUUGUAAGUGUUUAGGACUGACAAAAUGCUCAUUCUUUGUUCAUCUAACUGUUAUUUUUGGUUGCUGUUAAACAUGUAAAGUUUUGCUUUAAUUUGAUUUUUUAUAAACACCGGUGUUUAAAAGAAUAUUCAUUGUUUUUGAAUCGCAACAUAGAAAGAUUUAGUAAAAUUAUCACAAAAUCA